AUGGCACUUGAUGAUCAUGAACAAUAUAGUUACAAAGAUAAAGCUUUUACCGGCCACCGGUUUCACAAAUCCUUCAUCAACCCACAGUUUGAUGAGCGUGGGGAUGUGAAUCCUGUGGUCCUCCGGGAACAUGCCCAUGUAGAGAAAACACGGCUUCAGGUUUUUCUUGGAUGGAUUUUAAGUGAAGUGUACCAGGAGUUGGAUUUUGACUUUGAAGACCCUAAUUUACAGGAAAAUCACAUAAUUUGGAAACAUGUUCUCAUUCAUCAUCUCAAAUCGUACGUGCAGUUGAUGCAGACGGGUUUACCCUACACAAACGAAACCCACACCUCACUCCUAAACUACACCGUUUCACUAUAA